AUUGAAAGUGAAGUGACCUAUCCACCAGGCUAUGCCAGGCAUACUUAUGAAGUGACCUAUUCACCAGGCUAUGCCAGGCAUACUUAUGAAGUGACCUAUUCACCAGGCUAUGCCAGGCAUACUUGUGAAGUGACCUAUCCACCAGGCUAUGUUAGGCAUACCUAUGAAGUGACUUAUCCACCAGGCUAUGCCAGGCCUACCUGUGAAGUGACCUAUCCACCAGGCUAUGCCAGGCAUACCUAUGAAGUGACUUAUCCACCAGGCUAUGCCAGGCCUACCUGUGAAGUGACCUGUCCACCAGGCUAUGCCAGGCCUACCUGUGAAGUGACCUGUCCACCAGGCUAUGCCAGGCCUACCUGUGAAGUGACUUAUCCACCAGGCUAUGCCAGGCAUACCUAUGAAGUGACUUAUCCACCAGGCUAUGCCAGGCCUACCUGUGAAGUGACCUGUCCACCAGGCUAUGCCAGGCAUACCUAUGAAGUGACUUAUCCACCAGGCUAUGCCAAGCCUACUUGUGAAGUGACUUAUCCACCAGGCUAUGCCAAGCCUACUUGUGAAGUGACUUAUCCACCAGGCUAUGCCAAGCCUACUUGUGAA